AUGCUUUUGUCAGAUAAUAUAGAAAUAUGCGAAAAAGCAAUUCAGAUUGGCUUUUCUUCAUCAUUUACUUCUCUUUCAUCAUCAUUACAAUACGUUCUUAUACGUCUUUUGUGCAAAGCCAAUAGAUUAAUUGAUGCAUUGCAAUGUAUCAAAAUGUUGUUGCAUAAACGACCACAAUACGCUGAAGUUUGGUUCACUUUAGGACUUAUUUAUACAUUUGGUGCCCAAUAUGAUGAAGCUCUUCAUGCUUUUCAGAAAUCAAUUUUAUUUAAACCGAAUUUGAUAGAAGCAUGGGCAAAUAUAGGUACAAUAUUCGAGCUGAAGCCAGAGAAAGGUGAUGCAAUGCAGUUAUAUAAAAAAGCAAUGGAUGUUACUAAAGCACAAGUUUAUUUUCGACAAAAAUUAGAAUUACUUGAAUCUUCUAUCGAAAGUAAGCCUGUUUUCGUAGAACUGAAUGAUACUGACUAUUUUAUAACACCUGGUAAGGAACAGGAGAUAGAAUACCUUAAGAAAGUGCCUGUAAUUCCUCAGAAUUUACUUACUUUAAUAUGA